AUGGGAGACUAUCCAGAACGACCCACGAACGAAAAUCCAACACCCCGGCCUAAUGGCAUCCACAUGUACCGCCGCUACUAUCAGGACCCAGCUGCCGCCCCGCCAACCGCCCCUCUCCCGACUAGGCCGACCACUACUACGGGCGGGAGAAUCUCAAGAAUCAUUGAAAUAAUCGACGUCACCGACCUCCCCAACGGCGUCCACCACGAGCAGCCGCCGCUCAUCGCGCCUGCCCAGCCUUCCCGUGAGAAUAGCAGCAGCAGCAACGGCAGCGCAAGAACAAACGGCAGCUCUGUUACGAGCGCACCCACAUACGACGACGACGACGACGACGAUGGCAGCCUCAGCGGUUCCGUGCGUCGUCCCGUGACAUCGUCACCAGCUCUCGUCGUCGUCGUCGAAGAGGAAGUGCACAGAAUAACGACAGCAGAGGCGACGAGUGGCACCGACCAGCCAAACGAUUAUGAGACGAUGAGGGAGAAGAAGAAGAAGAGGAGGAGGAGGAGGAAGGAGAAGGGGGAGGGGGAGAGGAGGGUUUGCGUGCAAGGAGGCGCGGCGGAGAGGGGGGAGAGCUAG